AUAUUACUAAGCUUAAUAAGCUUAUCUGACUUUAACAAUUAUUCCAUGAAUAUAAAAAUUUAAGAUCAACAUUUAAGUGACGUUUCGGGUUUAAAGGCAUAUUAUUGGUUAAAUUUUAAUCUUCCGUGAUGAAAGCUAUAUAUAAAGCUGUGGAUAUUUUCAAAAAACACUUUAUUCCAGAAACGCUUUUGUUAAAAAAAGAUAAGGAAGUUAAACCAUGGCAAUGAUGUGGGCAGCGCUCCUUAUGUCCGCCAUCGUAUGUACAAGUUCCCAGUACAUUUACUCGAAAGAUCGUUGUGCCAGUAAUGGAGAGAAAAUGUUGCAGAUUCGAGAUCUUCUGAUCAAACAAAUUAGGAUCCAAGAAUCUGUAGAUUCCCUCGGGCGGAUGGUGAAGAGACUGGAGGAAGAUGUUACCAAGACCCAUGAAGAUGUUCGAAUUGUCAGGAAAGAGUUACACAUAUAUAAAGAUUGCAAGGACCUCUAUAUAAAUGGUAAUACAGUAUCUGGUGUGUAUGAGAUAUAUCCAUUUGGUAAUAACAGCAAGGUCAGCGUCUUCUGUGACAUGAUGACAGAAGGUGGAGGGUGGACGGCAAUUCAGAAGCGGAUAAGCGGUUCUGUUGGUUUCAACAGAAAGUGGGCGGACUAUAAAAAAGGUUUUGGGGACCUAAAAGAUUCCUACUGGAUAGGUGAAUAUUUCUUUAACCAAUUAUUUAAUAAAUAGAAUCUUAGAUAUAUGUGUUGGUCUUAGUUUAAACAACCUUUCUUAUUCUAUGAGUGGUUAUAAAGAUCUCUUAAUUUAUAAAUUCAUGUACAUUUGAUACAAAAUUAAAUUGAUUACUGACACAUCUCUGCAUAAUAUUUAAAUGCAUUGGUUGCAUUUUAUUAAGGCGACCCAGAAAUAUUUUUUUUUUCUUUAUCGUGUUUACGUUUGCCUACUUCA